UGGUUCAGACUUGUAUACAUAAGCUGGAGGUGGCCACGUUCUUCAAUCUGGGGUGUAUAUUGUGGCGCAUGAAUCCCCUGCAAAAUAGAAUCGAGCCACGUGUCGUCAACGGGCCGAAUUUGGCGAAGUUAAGCGUGAGAUUUCGGAUUCACAACUUUAUAGAAGAUAAAGGUUCGUGGAUGUUUUCUAUCAGAGCCUCAAAGGUGUAUAAAUCUUUGCUUUCGAAGUUUCGAGUCAGCUCUGUCACGAAAAACCAUUUCGCCAUGAGUCCUACACUGGAUCGUGAAUGUUUUCACGACUCUGCCCAGGAGGUAAAAAAUCCAUAAAAUGGACCAGAAAUACACGGAACGAGUAUUCUUGAUGCUUUCAAAGCUAAGCCGCUUUUUUUGAAACUACCACAGCCCAAAGAAACGUUUCAUCGUCAAUCAUGCGCGAAGCUACGCCCUUGAGAAAGAACGUCAAGAUUGAAAGCUGGACUUGUCAUCUCUGCCUAACCAGUGACAAUAAAUCUGACAAGCGUUGCGAAUUCAAAAUCAAAGGCACAGACACCACAUGUGGUCAUACGAGAUGCGAUUUCUGUUCUGGGAAAGAGACGAUCUCAGGACAAGAAAUGUUGGACAAAGUCUUGGGGUGCACUCCUAGUUGACUGUAUUUCGGAGUCUUAUCAAGCACAUCUCAAAACCAACCAGCUCAUCAGGUGCAGAAGCAUUACACGCCAGGCUCCUUUCCAGUCUUUCGGGUCGUACUGUAUCUGAAGGUAAUUGUGUAGUUUGUAUUCAUGCCUGGUCAAAUGGUAUCCUCCGUUAGGCAGUGACUUUUAUCAACCUCUUCGUGAUCCGUGACUUGCCUUUUGACGAUCA